AUGUUUAUUGCAGUACAUAAUGAUGAAUUAACAGCAAGUAAUGAAGAAGAAGGAUUUGGUCGUCCAAUGCCACGUGAUGAAGGAAAUGGAUUAGUACCAACUGAUCAAGAACAACAAUAUAGUCGUCCAGUAGCAAGGUAUUUAAGAAAUGAUGAAUUAAUGGCACGUAAUCAACGUCGUGAUGGUUUAAUUGCAGAUACUCAAGAACGAAAUAAUAAUGGAGCAGCAAGUGAUGCACAACAAAAUGAGCAAAAUAAAGAUUAUGAAGAAGGUCGUAUUGAAUUUUGUCAGGAUAUUUUAUUAAAAAUAUGGCUUUAUUAUGUAAAUGCAUAUUGUCGAAAGUACUGUUUGGACAAACCAAAUCAUGAUCAAUACUGUCCAACAACUACAAUGAAUAAUCCACAAGGUGAUCAUUAA